UCAAUUAAUGAUAGCGAAGCCGCGAAAGCGUAUAAUCAAUCCACGUCAAAUCUAUAAUAGCGUUACACAGUGUCGGCUCAUUUACAAUUCAAGCGACUAUAUAAAGUUCACAGCGAUAGAAUAACAAACUUGGCGCGUCAAGAUUUCGCAAAAACUCGCAAGACUCUUAUAAUGAAAGAUCUGUCCUGACGCACGCAUCUUCGCCUAUGAUUAUAAACCAGAAGAGAUUUUCAUGGAAAUCUAGCUAUAUGCACUCGAGCCUCGACUGUUUUCCUCGAUUCGACUCGAGCGACAAAAACCUAAACUAUUCCAUUGCACGUAUGCGCGAAGAGGUGAGAGAACGAUGCAUCGAAAUCGCGCGAUCGUCGAUCUUUUUGCCGAUUCGGAAAUUAAUAAUUCAUUUAAAACGCGGUAGCGGGUAAGGAUUAUAUACGAGGUGAAUCUUGAGAUCUUGCCUUUUUUAGCGAAUGGUCGAGUGGCGAGCGGUCGAUGCUUUGAAUAUUGUGACCGAGUGUUCGAUUACAGUGACAGUUGGAAUCUCGACAGUGUUGUACAGUGCUUUCUCUGGUGGAAGAAAAGAAUCGCUCCGACUAAUUGCGCCCCAAACACACACACACACACACACACACACACACGCAUACACACACAGAGGUAAAAAUGUACAGUUCAACCGUGACGGAGUAUGAGAAUCCGCCGGAUAAGAAAAUCACGGAUUCUGACGAGCCCACUGCGGAGAUCGAAGCCCAGGAAGCUGAGCAGCCGAUAAUAUGGUUUAAUGUCUUUGGAAUCGCCGCUCUCCACCUCAUCGCUACGCACAGCGUCCUCUUUAAAUGGCGCGAACCUCAGCUGUACACGUGGAUUUUCAAUGUAGCCUGGAUAUUCGCUUCCGGAGUCGGGGUUACCGCAGGGGCUCAUCGUUUAUGGGCCCAUCGAAGUUACUCCGCCAACUUGCCUCUCAGAAUACUCCUGGCAACCUUAUUCUGUAUGAUAGGACAGACGCACAUGCACAAGUGGAUAAGGGAUCACAGGACUCAUCACAAAUUCACGGAGACCAAGGCUGAUCCGCACGACUCGCGGCGCGGCUUCUUCUUCUCCCAUGUCGGCUGGCUAAUGAUGAAGCGCCAUCCAGCUGUCAUAGAGUACGGCAAAAAGAUCGACAUGAGCGACAUCGAGGCCGAUCCCGUCAUUCAGUGGUUCGACAGGUACUACGACUUCACUAUGUGCACGCUCUGCUUCGUUAUUCCGAGCCUGAUAAUUCACUACGGCUGGAACGAACCCUGGGACGUAGCCAUUCUCUCCGUCAUCGUGCGUUACGUCUUCACGCUGAACGCCACCUUCUGCGUAAACAGCCUGGCCCACAUGUUGGGCAACAAGCCCUACAACAAGAAAUUUAGAGCGGUAGAGAACGCUGGCGUAUCCUUCUUUGCUCUGGGCGAGGGUUGGCACAACUACCACCACGCCUUCCCCUGGGACUACAAGGCAGCCGAGCUUCCGAGCUACGGCUUGAACUUGACCACGGCGUUCAUCGACUUUUUUGCUUCGAUAGGCUGGGCCUACAAUCUCAAGACGCCCAGCAAGGAGGUCAUCGAGAGGGUCAGUCUGAGCAAGGGCGACGGAACCGCCAGCAAGUGGGGCGUCGACUAUCACCAGAAGAAACAAGAGGAAGAGCAAAAGGUUCGCUGAGAAAUGCAUAAGGAGUACAGGCAUACCAUUCGAAAGCGUGAGAUUGUUGUUUGCUUGCUUUCUGUGUUACUAUGUCUGAAACUUUUCCUACAGGCUUCGAUUGGUUAUUGUUGAGUGGCUUUUUAUUUUAGUGGAUAGUGUGAGCUUUUGGAUUGUAAAUUAGUUAAAAUUGCUAAAGUACAUUAAAAUUUGAGAUCCAAAGUUAAAUGUGUAUUUUCGUUUACUGUUUACUAUCAUGAAAUGCAGAUAAUAUCAAGAUUAAUGUAAAUUUUGAAUGUACAAACGUUGAAAAUAAAUUUUUAUUGGUAGAACGGACGCGCUUCUUUCCAGACAAGUUACUUUUCUCUUUACAACUUAAGGUAAUGGUAUUUAAUAAGAUUGUAGCAAAGUAUAAUAGGUGGUGUAUUAAAAUGUGCAAGGAAAAA